CUACUUGACGUAACAAUCCGGAACACACCCCUUCACGAAAGUAGCAGUCAGGCUGCCUACGAGCGAACGAACUGGUAAGGAAAAGUACCACUCACGACUGACGGACAUAAGUCAGUAGUAAAUAAUAGCAAAGUGACAUUUCAGCGACACUUUCGUCUAUUCAGUUUCAGUUCAUGUUCAUGAAUGAUCGUUCGGUUUCAAAACGUGUUUGCGACGCGUGCACUUGCUACAGUUCCCCAGUGUUUGUUUACAACACUAUUAUUAGAAAUACGAUCUAAUAAUAGUUCAUAGGGAUUCAACUUUAGGAAUGUUUCUCUCUAGAUAUGCUUAUGUUUUAGAAAAAUACUUUAUAUACCCAUAUUCCUUGGCGCAUUGGUCUGAAGUUGACAACCCAUCUGAAAGACACACAGAUUGGAGAGUUUGAGCAGGGCAGCCCCUGAGGAGCCAUUUAAGGGGUUGCUCAAGGAUACUGGCUUAUUCCCCAGCAGAUUUUUGUCAGUUGGGAUUCAAAACCGGCAACCCUCCGGUUUGCUAGCCCACUUUUUACAUUGAAAAAGCUGCGUUUGUUUCCAAAUAUGCCUGCAGCAGCUGAGACACAAGACCUGUCCUAUGUCGUCGCCAGAGAUCGCUUCCCUGUCCUGGGGACACAUGAAGGUGAAGGGCUGCUCCUCUGCCUAUAAGGACUGUAAGGUGUGGCCCGGGGGCAGCCGCGCCUGGGACUGGAGAGAGACUGGGACGGACGUAAGUUAUGAUGAUAAUAGGACGAAUAGGACAUGGGUUGCGUCUCAAAUGUCCACUUAUAUGACGAUAAUGAUGUCACUCACUAUGUGUGUAGCAUCACCCUGGAGUGCAGCCUGCAGAUCUGGAGGAGGUGCUUCAGAAGGGGGUGGAGAUUCUGGUCAUCGGGCGGGGCAUGAGUGAGGCGCUGCAGGUAUGCCCCAUAUACACACACACUCCCCCUACUCCCUACACGUUUACAUGACACUUUCCCUAGACCUACACAUUUACCCUACACUUUCCCAGUGGUGGAAAAAGUACUCAAUUGUUAUACUUGAGUAAAAGUAAAGAUACCUUAACAGGAAAUGACUAAAGUAAAAGUUACCCAGUAAAAUACUACUUGAAUAACAAUGUACUUAAGUACAGUGGUAGAAAAAGUACUCAAUUGUCAUACUUGAGUAAAAGUACAAAGUAAAAGCUAUACAUCAAAUUCCUUAUAUUAAGCAAACCAGACGGCACGAUUUUCAUAUUAUUUUUAAUUAAGGACAGACAGGGGCACACUCCAACAGUCAGACAUAAUUUACAUACACGGUAUUUGUGUUUCAUGAGUCCGCCAGAUCAGAGGCAGUAGGGAUGACCAAGGUUAUCUGUAAGUCUUCACAAGGUUUUCACACACUGUUGCUGGUAUUUUGGCCCAUUCCUCCAUGCAGAUCUCCUCUAGAGCAGUGAUGUGUUGGGGCUGUCGCUGGGCAACACAGACUUUCAACUCCCUCCAAAGAUUUUCUAUGGGGUUGAGAUCUGUAGACUGGCUAGGCCACUCCAGGACCUAGAAAUGCUUCUUACGAAGCCACUCCUUCGUUGCCCGGGCGGUGUGUUUGGGAUCAUUGUCAUGCUGAAAGACCCAGCCACGUUUCAUCUUCAAUGCCCUUGCUGAUGUAAGGAGGUUUUCACUCAAAAUCUCACGAUACAUGGCCCCAUUAAUUCUUUCCUUUACACGGAUCAGUCGUCCUGGUCCCUUUGCAGAAAAACAGCCCCAAAGCAUGAUGUUUCCACCCCCAUGCUUCACAGUAGGUAUGGUGUUCUUUGGAUGCAACUCAGCAUUCUUUGUCCUCCAAACACGACGAGUUGAGUUUUUACCAAAAAGUUAUAUUUUGGUUUCAUCUGACCAUAUGACAUUCUCCCAAUCCUCUUCUGGAUCAUCCAAAUGCACUCUAGCAAACUUCAGAUGGGCCUGGACAUGUACUGGCUUAAGCAGGGGGACACGUCUUGCACUGCAGGAUUUGAGUCCCUGGCGGCGUAGUGUGUUACUGAUGGUAGGCUUUGUUACUUUGGUCCCAGCUCUCUGCAGGUCAUUCACUAGGUCCCCCCGUGUGGUUCUGGGAUUUUUGCUCACCGUUCUUGUGAUCAUUUUGACCCCACGGGGUGAGAUCUUGCGUGGAGCCCCAGAUCGAGGGAGAUUAUCAGUGGUCUUGUAUGUCUUCCAUUUCCUAAUAAUUGCUCCCACAGUUGAUUUCUUCAAACCAAGCUACUUACCUAUUGCAGAUUCAGUCUUCCCAGCCUGGUGCAGGUCUACAAUUUUGUUUCUGGUGUCCUUUGACAGCUCUUUGGUCUUGGCCAUAGUAGAGUUUGGAGUGUGACUGUUUGAGACAGAGUUUAUAUGAUAGGGCCAUAAUUCUGUCCCUGCUUGAGCAUUCUAAAUGUAACAAGUACUUUCAGGUGUAGGGAAAAUGUUAUGGCGUAAAAGUUAUUAUUUUCUUUAGGAAUGUAGUGGAGUAAAAGCAAAUGUUGUCAAAAAUAUAAAUAGUAAAGUACAGAUACCCCAAAAAACUACUUAAGUAUUUUUACUUAAGUACUUUACUCCACUGCACUUUCCCCAGCCAUACACAUUUACCCCAAAGAUUGUUUAUUAUAUUGACAAGAUAUUAGUGACCACUCUAACAAUGGAAAUAAAUGUCCGUAAAGAUGGAAGGCAGGCGGGAGGAGGUGAGAUCAGGUGGGACUAUUCUAGCCAAUGAGGGCAGAUACACGUGUGAACAAUAGGCCAUAGAGAUAUAUAGAGGACUCAUCUUUGUAUCUGUGCAAUUAUAGAGUCUGUGACAGCAAUAGGCCAUGCCAUUGAGGCUAUUUAAUUUUUCUUAAUUGGCUGAUUUUUUCCAACUCAUAGGAAUCUCCACCCAGUUGACUACUUUAAAAUGUUGGAAGCCUUCAAUGGCAAUGUCCAUGCUAAAAUGGAUUAUAUCCAUGAUGAGUCCUCUAUCUAUCUCUACGACAACCGGAAAAACUCCGAUAUAAAGUUGUUUUGUGGUAAAUUGCCGACAUGCCACGGGCGUCCACUUAUAUCACUGCAUUCGUAACAACCUAACCAUUACAAAACUUCAUUUCAAUCAAAUAAGAACAAUUACAUAUUGUAAAGUGGUUAUCCCACUGGCUAUAAGGUGAAUGCACCAAUUUGUAAGUCGCUCUGGAUAAGAGCGUCUGCUAAAUGACGUAAAUGUAAUGUAAUUACAUUUUUUGUUGACCAAAUUCGACACUCAUUGACCUCCAUACAAACAUUCCUCACUUCGUGGGCUUAUUUUCAUGGCCAGAUUUUGGGCGGAGUAAAACCUCUUGCUUCCUCUCGGUUUACCCUACCCUUCACAUUCCCUAGCCCCUACGAACAUACUUUCACCAGCUCCUACAGAUUUACCCUACACUUUCCCUAGCCACUACACAAUUCCCCUGAUUUCUCUCUCUGUCCGCGUUUGAGAGCAUCAAAACUGUGAUGUACCAUGGGUAAAUUGUGAAUGACUGAUCGACAAAUAAUAUUGAGUAGUUAUGAUGCAAGGUGAUUUGUAGAUCAGUCAGUCUCGACUCGCCUUUAAAGGAAAACUCCACCCAAAAACUAUAUUUUUGCUUGUCAGCAAUCAAGUUUUCAAGAUAUGUAACUUUUUGCAUCAUAUGAUUCUGGGUUUUGCAUCAUAUGAUGCAAAUUGCAUCAUACUGGGAUGAUUUCUGUAUUUUGAAAGUUACAUAUCUUGAAAACCUGAUUGCUGACAAGCAAAAAUAUAGUUUUUGGGUGGAGUUUUCCUUUAAAGUUAGCUGCAAUGUUGAAUGCCGCUCUCUCUCUAAAGGUCCCGUCCUUAACUGUGGACUUCAUGAGACAGAGAGGAGUGGAGCUGAGAGUGCUGCAGACAGAGAAGGCCGUCACAGAAUACAACAACCUGGUUGGCCAGGGAGCCAAGGUGGGUGGCGUCUUCCACUCUACCUGCUGA